CGAAGGUGUGAUGUCAGCGCUCACUGCAUCCGCCCCUGCUAGAAGACGUCUGACGGACGACAACGUCGACGCGAAGCGCUUCAAAGUCGCGUUCACGGACCCAGAUGUGCUGAGGAGGGACUCUCAACAUCUGCCCGCAGAGCCGCAGGUGUUCAGGAGGGAAUUAUUUAACACUCCUGCCCUGCUGACGCCAAAGAAGAUGAGCUGGGCUGCCGGCACACAGUGUGUGGCCAAGGGGGACCAAAAGAAACAAAAAGCUGGAGAACUGGCUUAUCACAAAGGAGACAUCCUCACUAUUGUCGAGGCCAGCACGAAGAAGGGCUUUUACAAAGCCAGACUCAACACCACGGGAGAGGAAGGACUCAUAAACUCCACCAAUGUGCGUACAAGAGAGGCUCUGCGCGUUGACCCCAGCCUCAGCCUCAUGCCUUGGUUCCACGGGAAGAUCUCGGGUCCAGAGGCGGUGUGCAAGCUGCAGCCGGCCGAGGACGGGCUGUAUCUGGUUCGAGAGUCCAUCCGCCAUCCCGGCGACUACGUCCUAUGUGUCAGCGUCUCUGGAGUUGUUGUCCACUACCGGGUGAUUUACCGGGACAAGCAGCUGACCAUUGAUAACGCACAGUAUUUCUACAACCUCAUUGACAUGAUAGAGUUCUACUCAAAGAACAAAGGCUCCCUCGCCACCACGCUUCUGACACCCAAACAGAAACAAGGAACCAAGUCAGCUGAGUUGGAGCUCUCUAAAAAUGGAUGGCUGCUGGACAUCACAAAGCUCAAACUGGGAGAGAACAUAGGAGAAGGGGAGUUUGGUGCUGUUUAUGAAGGAGACUACAUGGGCCAGAGGGUGGCAGUAAAGAUCAUUAAAUGUGAUGUCACAGCUCAGGCCUUCCUGCAGGAGACCACAGUCAUGACGAAGCUCCAGCAUAAAAACAUGGUGCGAUUGUUGGGGGUCAUUCUUCACAAAGGGCUUCAUAUUGUCACAGAACUCAUGACUAAGGGGAACCUUGUCAACUUUCUCAGGACAAGAGGCCGCUCAGUGAUAAGCUCAGCUCAGCUGCUCCGCUUUGCUCUAGACGUGUGCGAGGGGAUGGAGUACCUGGAGGCCAAGAAGUUGGUCCACAGAGAUCUGGCAGCUCGCAACGUGUUGGUCUCUGACGACGGCCUGGCCAAGAUCAGCGACUUCGGCCUGACCAAAGUGGACUCGAAGGCGUCUGAUAACGCCAAACUGCCGGUCAAAUGGACGGCCCCCGAAGCUCUGAAGAAAGAGAAGUUCUCCACAAAAUCGGAUGUUUGGAGCUACGGUGUUCUGCUGUGGGAGAUCUUCUCUUACGGUCGCCAACCUUACCCUAAGAUGCGAUUGGGCCGUAAGUACGUCACAAUUUACGACUCCUUCACCUGCUUCCCGUCGCUCCCGUUCAUUCAGUCUCUGAAGGAGGUGAAGGAGUCGGUGGAGGGGGGCUAUCGCAUGGAGGCUCCGGACGACUGCCCCGCCGCCGUUUACUCGCUGAUGAAGAUCUGCUGGGAGCAGGAGCCGCGCAGGAGGCCCGCCUUUCACAAGCUGAGAGAGAAGCUGGAGCGCGAGGUGGGCAAACAGGGCCCGGGUGACGGGAUGGGAUCUGCUACUGGGAGCUGAUCGCGGAAGCUGGUGGGAAUACACCUGCCUCUGGUGGUGCGCAUAGGACAAGAUGGCCGUGUGGAUUACCGGCUGGAUCUGCUUUAGCGGAUGAGACAAGACUGAUCAUUAUGGAACUCCGCUUGAAGUGGUUUAGCCGCUCGGGCCAUUAAUACACAAAACUUUGCUCUGGUGGCUCUUUUGACUUUGGUCCGUUGCCAUGGAACUUUGCACCGGCAGUCAUGGUCCCCACAGGAUAGAUCCUACUGUCUUCUGGUGAUCCGUCCACAGGAGGCGUCAAGUCUUAGUGUUCUCUAUUCUCAAUUGAUAUAAUGUAAGAACAAGGUCUGAAAAGAAGUAGUGUCAGUGUAUCCACAGUGAAAUCAAUACUGUGUUGGAAAUACUGUGUAUUAAGUUGGAAUCUCCAGAAUGACAAAACUUAAGAUCAACUGGGACACCGUGUCUGUUUUUUGUCUAUAAAUAUGGUACCUUUAUGAUCAAAGACAGCAUGCCAAGUAAACACACGUUAUAUGUAUUUAAUGUCAGAGGAUCAAACGUACAUAUGGGGAAGAAAAAUAAAAAAGGUUUAGCUUGGAUUUAUUUAUUAUAAGUCACCCAAAUCUGCUUGUGUCUGCAGUCAUGUUUGGUAAUAUGCCAUGGAUUCAGGGCUUAAUAUAUAGAAUAUUUAAUAUGUAAUGUUAUUUUGGGGAUUUACAUGCAUUUACAUGCAAAGGCCUUUGGUUAAUUUAGCAGCUUUGUCCCUUUGGAGAUGAACUUUAAACUUUUACUUUCCUGGAAAUGUGUUUUAGAAACCACAUCUCAUACUAUUUUUGACACUUUGUCCAUCACGCCCCACCAGACAGCAUGCAGCGGCGGCUUUGAUUCAAUUCAUUCAAAUUUAAUUUAUUCCUUAGGACUAAAUCAAUGGGAACUAUGACAUCUAUCACUACUUUCUCUUCCCUCUUUGUGAGGAUUUAGAGAUUAUAAGAGUGACUUUGUGUUAUCCAACAUCCUCUUGGGAUAUCUUAUUCCUCAUUUACAGAAUGUUUUAUGUAUUCCUAAUCUUUGAACAUAACCUCAUCAUUUUAUAUAUACCUUGAUACAUAUGUAUCCUAUUUAUACAUUUGUAACUAUUUUCAACAUAUGUGAUUAUCGGCUUCUUUUUGAUAGGAGAUGCAAUUAAAUAUGAAUAUUUCCACUAUUGCGCAUUUGGUUCAAAACUCACUACAAAAUGAAGCCUCUUUUGUUUGGAUUGUCGUGUCACAAGACCAAAUUAAAGAUGUCAUUUGACUUAA